UCAUAUGUGAUUGAAUUCUGGUAAGAAGAAGGUAUUUGUUACAUAUGGAUUUAGCGUUUUCCAAAAAAAUUAAAUCCCUAAAUUAUUUCUAAUUAUUGGAAGUAAUUUGGAAAAUGCUGGUGCCUUUCUACAUGCAGGUUGAUAUUUUCAUGCCAAAUCUUAAACGUGGAGAGCGACGGAAUGGGACUUUACAUGGGUUCUGCAGAUGCUUCUGUCUUGUAUCUGGAUUGAACGCUGAAGCUGACUCUCUAACUGAAAGAAUUUUACUUCCUGAUCAGAUCAUCAAAAAAGCAGAAUAUGAAAUACUGCAAUGAACCUGUGAUAUUCUAAAAUGACUGAUGUUUAUUUCAUGGAUUCAGAACAAUGGAGCUGUCUAGUGAAUGUGUGCCUACAUCUUACAUAAGUGAAGAAUAUCAGAGCAGCUACUGGGAUUUUGUGAUGUCUCCGGUGAAGAUUUUGCCAUCCAGGCCUUUUAUGGCAAACAUUAGUUUGGAAAACAUUUCACUGCAGGCUCAAAAGGCACAAAAAAGGGUCACAGAGGACUUCAAGAAAAGAGCUGCUUCACCAGCUUUACAAAGUGUAUCAAUGCCAGAGCUGUCUAGUGAUUACAUUACAUGCACAGCAAGCCUGAACAACCAGAAUGUAAAUGACAAACUUGGCUACAGCGACGGACUGAAUCAGUGUUAUUCAGGUUCUACAAAGUACAUGUCUAAAUUGAGUUAUUCAGAAAAGCCUUUUGCAACCACUGCCCAGAGAACCCAAGAUUCCACAGCUUACAGAACAACCAAUGCUGAAAUUGAUUUUGGUGCAAGAACUGAGAAAGUACAAAUAAAAGACUCCUGUGUGCAAAGGAAACAGUAUAUUACACUAGUCACAUCUGAUACGGUAAAAUACCAUCAAUUACCAAAGCGAUGUUUUCCAACUUAUAUCGACGAUGAAAAAUAUGACAAUAAUACCCCAGUAUGGUACUGCACAGAGAACAAGAAAAUGAAUCUUCCCUUUCCAUCAGUUCAGAACAGCAAAAAUAGAUUGAGGACCAGGGGUGAAGACCAGCUUACCCAAGGUUUAUCUGAAGAAGCUAAGAAUAAUUUGGAGCAUUGUAUUUUUAUGACAUAUCCUCAUUCCAGAGCACCUACAUCUGAGCAUGCAACAUUCAGCAAAGGAAGAGAAAAUAAUCCAUCAUCUUUAAUCUCAGUGAUAAUCAGAGUGGAAGCAAAAAAAGAUCGCGAUGUUUUGCCUGAUUGUUUCCAGGAUUCUGAGGGUGAAGGCUCUCAGGAAUCAAUAAAAUACCCAAACACACGACACACUACACCAUUGACAAUGCCAAAUGUAGAAGGUAUUCCUGAGUCCACAGUGCUUUGCAGCAAAAAUAAAACCUUGAAUAAAUCCAGGAAUGGGUUUUCUUCCAUUACAGUUACUGCCCGAAGAGUGGUGAGCCCAGUUAAUAAACUUCCUAAGCCAACUCUCAGUGCUUCUUCGCACAAGAAUAAUUCAACUCAGCAUCAGAGAUCAAUGAACGUCCUGAAAAAUUUCAAGAGUUCUGAAGAUAUUGUGUGCAUUCUUUCUCUGACAGAUAACAUUAAUGAGUUUCCAUGUAACAGAUAUACUUUUACAGAAGAGAGUUCCCAGUCUCAGUCAAUGUUAUUUUCAACAGGAGAUAGAGUGAGCUCUUUAAAAAUUAAUAGCAAGCAACAUGAUACCAUGGUACCAAGCAACAAUGAAGACAAAACCAAUCUCUCUUCUCAGCUCUUUCAUCCUGUUGUUUCCUUUGUACAUUUCAUUGUCACACCACUGUAUUUUAACAGUACUUACCACUUAGACAAAUCUCUUUUGGUUGAUCUUUGCUCUCUUACAAAUGACAAUGGAUCUGCAUUGGUACAGAAAUCAUCUCUGUCCUUAAGACUAAGCUGCACUUCUGCUAACUCAUCAGCAGAUGGCGGUGAUGGCAUGUUUAAAUUAAUUUCAUUCAUCGGAAGCACCAAACAGGAAGCUUCUUACAUCAUGUUCGAUAAGGAAAUCCCAGAUAUAUCCUCCAGAACCAGAGAUAUCAGUCUGCAACAACCAUCAGCUGUCCAGAAAGUGUCUAAGACUGCAUACCAAUAUGAUGGACAUUUAUGUUUGGGUGGAAAAGAAACACUAAGUUCACCCAAAAGGUCUACUUACCUCUUUAUUUCUCUUUCAAAUAUGAAUAAAGGAACAAAUGAUUUUAUUUUGGGACAGAAGCGUAAACCAUGUCGUCAUGAAGUACAGUGCCCAUUCUCUGACCUCAUUAGGGAAUCAGCUGAUAUGAAAUUUCCCAACAGUCAUGUUGAUUUAUGGGGAAAGAAGAAAAGCACUUUGAAACAAAGCCAAGAAAAAUUCACCCUCAGUAUGACGGCAAAGUUUACAGGAUCUUCUACUGAAAAUGAAGGGGAAGAUAUUGAGACAGUAUCUGAUACUGAUACAGCGCUCACUACAAAGCAUAAGAAAACUUUGUCAGAAGUACUCACGCUGCGGGAGGCUUUGGAGCUGUACAAGCCAGAAUUUAUCUUUCGAUCACGAAAGCGUUUGCGGGAGCUUGAAGUUAAGGCAAAGCAGAGGAGAGUCCAGAUGCGUGAAUGCGUGCAGCGACGAAGGGAAAGAGUCAGAGCACCAAUGCAAACUAUACCAUUACCCUCUCCAUUUAAAAAACGACAGUGCACCAUACCACACCCUCUGAGUGAUAAUCUAUACAAACCGAAGGAGAGGAUGAUUCCAGAGAAGGAAAUGCAGAUGAGAUCCAAAAGAAUUUAUAACAAGCUGCCAGAGGUGAAAAAGAAAAAGGAGGAAGAGAAGAAGAAAGUUGCUUCUCAAGCAAAUCGAUUGCGAGCUAUGGUUUUCAAAAAGAAACUGCUGGACCAAAUCCUACAGAAACAAUGACUAUUUUCAUAAAGCAUCAGGAAGAUCUUAUGCUAAAGCUACCAGAGAAGUGAUAUAAUUGAAGCUACUACACUUCAUAAAAUGUUAAUAUAUGAAAGUCCACCCUUUCAAGUUUUAAAACCUUAGUGUCUAAUUUACUUUUUCGAGAGUUUGUUUGGAGUUUCAUACUUCAAAAAAAAAUGCUUGUUCUUUAUUAUGCUGUUGCAUCUAUGCCCAUUGGUGCACUAGGCACAACUAUACUUUUAUUAGAAAUAAUACCUGUCUACUAGUUCAGGGUUUUUAUUAUUUAUCCAUUGGAAUGAAGUUCAAGCUCAAUCUUGUUAAGGACAACAAACAUGAAAUUAUUUCUUGUUUUUUUUCCUCAGAGCCAGAUUGAAAAGUUCUGGGAUGUUCUCUCUAACCUACGAAUCAAAGUUCAAAGUUUAAGAUAAAUUUAUUAUUGAAGUAUAUGUAUAUCACCAUAUACGACCCUGUGGUUCAUUUUCUUGUAUGUAUUCACAGUCAAAUGAAUAAAUAAGAUAGAAUCAAGAAAAACUGCACACAAACAAAAAUAUUUACAAGAAAAUCCAAAAAUAUCUAACUAAAUCCAUGACAAAAUAAGUCAAUAACAAUUUACUCAGUAUAUUAAUAUGAAAGCAAAUAUUCUCAGUAUAUAAUAUAUUAUUAGUCCUGAAGAAGGGUCUCAGGCAAAAAUGUCAAUUGUUUAUCCAUUUCCAUAGAUGCUGCCUGACCUGCUGAGUUUCUCUAGCAUUUUUUGUGUAUUAUCAGUAUAUAUUUAGUUUAAGUACUGUAGUAGAAACUGUAUAUUUAUAUUGAAUCCUUGGUGGUACCUCCUGUUUAAUUGUACACCAAGGCACAAGCUAGAUUAUUGUACUCUCCUCAUGCAGUAACCGAUUCAGGUUCUCUUUCAUGUUAGCUUUAGGAAAAUACCCAAAAAUCUCUCAUUCUGAUCCAAAAUCUCCAAAGUAAGUAACUGAUGUGGAAGAGACUUCACUAUCCUACACUUAGUGAAUUCUGUAUUUGUCUGUGAGGACUGGCUUCACUUUUACAGUGAACUAGAAUAUUGCGGAAAAAAAUGACCACUACAGCUUAGAAGUAUCUAAUGGCAUCUUGAACAACCAUGAAAACAGAUGAAGAUGGAGACACAGUAAGAGGAAAUAGUAGAAAUGACCCUUCUGUCCUAAUACACUCCAGCAGUGGUGAGUUAUAUGAAUCUUUUAAAGGUAAGAAGCACCAAGCAAAAAAAAAUUGUAAAAUAGAAGGAAUGAUACAAGGUAUAGAUACAAACCUUUCCAAAAAUAACAUGUGACCCAAUAAGCAAUAAUCUAGGCAAGGAUAAAUUUUUUGAAUCUGCUAUACUGCUUACAUUUUGAAAAAAAUACAUGCACCUCUGCUUAAAAAAUUCAAGCUAUUUUGAAAUCUUGUACAGUAUAUUUAAGUUAAUGUGCUAAAGCAGUGCUGCUAUUUUUUACUUAUUUUAUAAUUACCUGGUGCAAUACUUAUUAAUACUUGUAUAUAGUUUAAAAGAUAUAAUAAUCGUAUAUAUUUUAAAUGAUAUUUAGUAGCGCAUACUAUAAAUCACAAGGCAAGUUCACAUUUAGUAGUCAUGAUGUGCAAUUUUAAGCUACUUACAGUACUUGAAUGUGGUUUAACAUUGCACAACUAAUCAAAAUGCAUCACCAAUUUAGUUAUUCAUUUGAAUUUAUUGAAUUCAAAGGUAGCUCAUUAUCAGGGCUAAAUAUUACAUUUUAUUUGCAUAAUGAUAAGUAGAAUAAAAUCCUGAUGAACUUCCAACCUUCAUUUGUUUCUUGUCUUUAGAUCAACCAUUUGAAUAGAUUGUAUUUGUUUUCCUUUACCUAAUGCAACAUUUGUAACAGCAUAUUAUUCUUUCAGAUGAAAGACGAUUUAAAAAGAACUGUACUAUGAAAUAAAAUGAAGGUUGAACUGAAUUUAGCAAGAUGGCUGGACAUGAAACUGUUCCAUUGUUUCAAUGAAUAAAAUAUUAUUAUAUUCCAUCACAUUUGUAAUUAUAAAUUAUUAUAGAUUAAGGUUUAUGAUGUGUUCUAGUUCUGGUCAUUUUUUUUUGUUUCUACUUUUGGGCAACUUUGAGUCGGGGCAGCUUGCAGAUAAUAAACACUGAGCUGAACUGGAACAUGCCUUUUGAUUUUGUGUUUUAUAUUCUGUGUUUUUGCUCUUUUUUUAUUGUGGUUUGCAUCAUCUUUUUUGCAUGUGGGGAGGAGGGUUGGUGUUGCUUUUU